AUGCAUCUUCCUAUUCUUCUUUUCCCGUUCCUCGGAAUGGUGGUUUCAGGGGAAGUGGAGAAAUCUGCGAUGGAAAUUGUCAAUGAUCAGGUGACAAAAUUCUUGAAUGCAGUGAGCUCGAAGAAGAAAGAUGUCAUCCUUCAACUAUUCAAUACCACUGCUGAUGACCAGAAGAAUGUGGAGCAAUUCAUAGAAAAGUUCCAAGGACUUCCGAUUACUGUCCAAUCUGCGAUGUUCAACAAUAACGGAGCAAUUGAAUCCAAUGUUUUAAUUGCUGAGAAGAUUCCAGGCAAGGUGGUCAUGGCAAAGAGCCCUGCCAGCCCAACUGGAUGGAUGAUUACUCAACUCGGAGCUCCAAAACCAGUAACGGAUGGGAAAAAGAAUUGGGAGUUUUCGAUGUGCUGGGUUGGCCUGUUGUGGUGUGCGAUUGAGUGUUUGGUUGAUUGGGGUGUGAUUAGGGUUGUGAUAUAUGAUUAA